GGGAGUGAUGCCCAGGAGGUUCCAGCUGAGCAUGAGGAAGGACUUCUUUAAACACCUGGAACACAUUGCCCAGAGAGGCUGUGGAGUGUCCCUGCCAGAGGUGCCAUGGCCACAGCGGCUUUCCAGGACUCAGCACCAGCUCAGCUCCGCUCCCCUCUGGGCACAGCCACUCUGCUGUGGGCCAGCACCAUCACCAUGCACGUCUCCAGGCCCAAAUCUGCCAAGGGACAGAGGCCAGGCUUGAGCCACCGUCAGGGCACGGAAGGCUGUCCGUGCCCUGUGCCAGGCUCCCCGCUGGCACCUUCUCCUCGGGAAUUAGGAAGGAGCCGGAGAGCGCCGCUCACAAAAGCGGCGUUCCCACCUGCCCAGGUGUCUCCUGGGAAGAUCCCGAAGCUCCUGCAGCAGGUGCCUUUGAAGACUCCCUCCUCCUCCUCCCUGAACAGGUACCGGGUGCUGCCCUCCAUCGGCCGGAAGGGGGCCGGGAGCAGCGCCGUGGAAGCCUUGGCUGAACGCACCAACCGGCUGGAAGUGAGCGAGGGCCAGGAGGAUGCUCCAAAAGCCACCAAGGCUUUUUCUGGAGGACAGGGAUGUGCCAGCACACUGUCAGGAAGCGGCACUCCCACCGAGGAGAGCUCACGUGUCCUCUGUGCCCCUGAGCAGUGGGGAGGGCAGGGGAGGCAGGAGAGCCCCUGGGUGCUCCCUGCAGGCCUGGAAGAGCCGCAGGUGCUGCUCGCUGUCCGCUCUCCCUCUGGGCAGAGGUUUGAGCACCACUUCAAGCCCUCUGACAGCCUCCAGACCGUCCUUGCUGUGGCAGGACAGAAACUGUUGGCCAACUACCAACACUGCAGCGUUGAAACCAUGGAGGUGCCCCGGAGGAGCUUCUCUGACCUUACCAAGUCCCUCCAGGAGUGCAGGAUCCUGCCCAAGUCCGUGCUGUGCAUCCGACAGCACGAGCAGCACGAUGCAGUAGCAGAUCUUUAGGCACACAGAGACACUGUGGUGCUUCUGCCCAGCGAGCUGCAUUGCUUCUUCCAAAAUACUGAGAGUCUGAUGCUUCCUGCACCUACUUCUUAAUCUUCUGUCUCCCACAAAAUCCCCAGGAAGCAGAGUUAUGGUUAUGUAAUAGUACUUGAAAUAGUAUUUCAGAGAAUAGUAUUUCAGAUGGAUAAACCUGAUUCAUACAGAACAGCCUGUGUCACCUGUGCCAUCACAAAUUUCUGCCUCAGCACCACCACCCUUCAGCCUUUCUGGUUUGUUGAAGUUCCUGAUGUUCUUUGAAAACUCAGGUUUCCAAGACCUCUCCUCUUGUCCUUUUCCAUGUUUUGGGAAGGUAGAAACAGAACUGGUUUAGCUACAGGACCACCUUCAGUAGCUUAUAAUUAUCCUAAAUGUCUUCUCAAGAGACUGAAAAGGAGAUCAACCCCCAAACCCAUCUGCAAAUAACAGUAGUAACACAGGAAUGAGUUAUUGUGAAGUAUUAAAUUGCAAGACAUUGUAAAAUAGCUGUGUGGACUCAGGUGUUUCUGGAUAACCUCAGUCCAGCUCUAACUGUGACUAAAUCAUCUUUUUAAGAAGAAAUAAUUAUUAAUUUGGCUGUCUUGGGGAGCAACAGGAUUUUCUCCUUAGUUUUUCUUCUCUUAUUUGGCUCGUGUGAUCCAUAGCUAAGAAGAGGUGGAUAGUUAAGAAGGGAUGUUACAGAUAAUUCCAUUUAACCCCUUUGCACUGAAGUGAGUUAGUCCAAGGAGCAAGUGCUGCUUUGGGAAUUUUAAAUAAGAUAUUAAUGGGAUUUGACUGGGAUCUGGCUCAAGGAGUAAGCCAUCUUUGACUGCACCAUCAUUAAAAGGCUGGUUGGGUGACUUGGCAGGUUUAGGCAAACACAAUGUCCUUGUGUUAAAAAGAGAAAUAUCUCCUAGUUUCUAAUGGAAUUUCAAAGGCAGUAAUUUUUAAUCUCCUUUAACAAUGGACACUUGCCACACAGAUGAGUGAGUUUAAAUGUUUUGAGGCAAACCAAAUUUGUUUUGAAGUUCAGUGUAAGUGCCAAACCAACUCUGCACAGGAGCACAAACACAAGAGGAGCAGAAAGCUGAUUGCUGUGCUGGCUGAGUGUGGUACCUGAUGCUAAAUCAAGUGUUCAGAGUCCAGCAGCUUUGUAAAACCAGUGUCUGAUGGAACAGUGGUCCCUGCUGCUGUUGGUGAUGGGAAUCACUCAGCAGCAGUCCUGGAUAUCAGGAUAUAUGGAUGCCUUCAACAAGUAUUUCACUUGGUUUCAGGAAAAGGGACCAUUUUCCAGGUUUCCUUCAGAGUUAGGUAGUUAAUUCCCUAUUUCUGCCUGUUGUGGGUACUGUAUUACUCCUGUAUUUCAGAGUAUUUCCAUCCUGUGUUAAAUAAAACCUUUUAGGCUGAAA